AUGAAAUGUUUGAGAACGCCAAUACUUUCUCAUCAUUUGCUCGCCACGGGUUCUCAUCUCUCUCAUCAGUACCACCCGUUAUGGCUUGGAUUGAGCAUGUCGUUAACGACUCGGAAUUUUCAUUAUUGUUUAAAAUCAAAUCAAAGACAGGAUGAUGCAUUGGCUCAAAAUUCAUGCAAGGAAAUGAUUAAUAAUUCCCGAACAAUUUAUUAUGAAAUUAUCAAACGAUGGAAUCAACAAGAAAUUACCAAUGAAUUGAAAGAAAUUAAAAAACUUACGGAAAACCCUAAUUUUUGGAGCUCUCCAAAUGCACAAGAGUUAAUUUGCAAACAAAAUAUUUUGGAAGAGAAAUUAAAUUUUUUAUUAAAUACAAAUUCUGAAAUUGAUAACAGUGAGGAGUUGUUAAAAUUGGCUGUCACUGAAAAUGAUAUGGAGAUGGUUGUACAUAUUCAGCAAUCUAUGGAAGAGCUGCUAAAAAAAUUAGAGCAGAGAGAGCUAGAGUCAUUAAUGAUUGACCCUCAAGACAUCAAAGAUUGUUUUUUGGAAAUUCACACAGGAGCUGGCGGAGAGGAUGCAUCAGAUUGGUCCCAAAUGUUAUUGAAAAUGUAUUUGAACUGGUUAAAGAAUUCAGAGUUGUCAUCCUUUGAAGCUGCUUUGGAAGAUAUUUCGUACAAAGAGGUUGGAAUUCGAAGUGCUCUCAUACAAGUUACUGGAAAAUAUGCUUACGGAUACCUGAAAUCUGAACAAGGUGUUCAUCGAUUAGUGAGACUUUCUCCAUUUGAUGCUGCACACAAGCGACAUACUUCAUUUAGUGCAGUGAGGGUUUAUCCUACAGCCGAUAGUCAGGACGUAAAUUCAAUGUUUCAUAACAUUCCAGAAAAGGAUUUAAAGUAUGAAACAAUUCGGGCAGCCACCGCAGGUGGUCAACAUGCUAACAAAACUGAAAGUGGCAUACGAUUGACACAUAUACCUACUGGAAUUCAAGUACAGUGUAUUGCAUCACGCUCACAACAUCAAAAUAAGGAUCAGGCUCUCAAUCAAUUACGAGCUCGAUUGCAAAAUAUUGAACAAGCAAAAAAGGUAAAAGAAAUGAAAGAAAUCGCGAAAGCAGAAUCUGAAUCUAACCAAUUUGCAGGCAAUGUGAUUCGAUCGUAUGUAUUACAUCCGUAUCAAAUGGUCAAAGAUUCUAGAGCUCAAAUAGUGUUGAGCAAUGCAGAGGAUAUAGUGGAAGGAAAAGAUGCAAAAAGUUUUGAUACAAUGGUCAAAGGAAUUUUAAGGAAUAGUUCAUCGUCAUCAGCUGUAUUCAAUAAUCUGAACGACGAUUAA